AUGUUGCAGUCCACUGGGCCUGAAAACUCGGAUCGAUACGCUUUCUGGCAGUCUUCCGAAUAUCCGAAUCACCAAGCUGUCUACCACUUCCACAUCUCGCUUUAUAGCAGAUACAUCAUGUCCCCGAAGGCCCAUAGUGCCCUGGCAGCCCUGCACAGGCCCGAGUUCAUCAUCGGCAAGCCCCUCCCUGCAUGCGACCUCUGCCAUUCUCGGAAAGUGAAAUGUGACAGGGAGGAAACAUGCAAGAAUUGCAUCGCGGCAAAGGCACCGUGCAUUCGAUCGCGACAGCGUCUUCCUCGUCGCAUAUCGACUCGCCGAGGUCUUGAUAGACACCGAACAGUUGGCAGCAUAAGCGGAUCCGCGUCCCCCAGCCAGGAGCAUAUCUUCUCUUCCCACCAGAGGCCGCGUCGUAGAAGUUAUCAGUCUGCCUUGUCCUCGCCACAUGUUGCUCACAAAGAAGUCCCACCGGAGAGGCUCGGUCGAACAUGUCCCUCGACACCAGCAGAGGGUCUCAUAUCUCUCCCUCUUGUUCCCGAGCCCUCCGACCAGGCUGACAGCACAAGUAACCUAAUGAUCAGACAAGAGCUCCAUUCAAACACCAAUCUAUCCUUGGACCGAAUCAAUGUCUUGGAAUCUGCUCUCGCGUUGGUCCGCAAGUUCGUGGCAACGUCCGAGCGUGCCGACACUGUGUCUCACGAACCAGGCAUUGGCAGCGACCUUCCCGUUCCUCAAGAUGUAACCAUGGAAUUGUUCUACAUGAUGUUCAGCGGCCAGGGUGGUGGUGGACCGGUCAGCUUGAAUCAUUGGCCUGACCACCUGCCUCUACAGACUCUGGAGCGAAUGUGUCUCGCUCUUGUUAAUGGAACUGUCAGCGGCCAGACCGCCAUUCAAUACAAAGUCUGCGUCUUUUCCAGAGCAACAUUGUUUGUCACUCGCUGGCUGCGACUGUGUCCAUCUGACGACCUUGCGUGCUGUCUUGUGAAGUCGAAGAAGAGCUAUGCAGCGGCCUGUCUGCAAUGUCUUCGGGACGUCGACCUCACCGGAGCUCAGAGUCUGCUCAUGCUGCAAACCCUUCUUUCAGGAGCCCAUCUAGUUCAGCUUCUCGGUGAUUCCUCUAGAUCGUGGUUUCUAACUGCUUGUGCCGCUCGUGCUCUCGUCGCGCUGGGCUAUCACCGGUCAAGUAGGAUUACUGCGGACACUGACGAAGGUUUUGAGAUUCGCCAUUGUGUGUUUUGGUGCUACUACUUUGAUAAGACCUUGAGUAUGCUGCUUGUCAGGCCUUCCUCUCUACCAGAUAUGCAGUUCACCCCUGGGGAUCUGGUGCAUACCGACUCGGACGACCCCCUAUCAUUCAAGGUCAAGAUUCUCGUCAAGCUUGCCCAAGUACAGGAUGCCUCGUUGCCGUUCAUAGUGGGAAAUAAAAGAGCACAAACAGAGUCUGCUUCAGCUCGGCUCGACGCUCUCGAAACGGACCUGCGGUAUAUCCACGACGAUAUUAUUGAGUUCCGGCCGAAAUGUACAAGUGGGCGCACUCUCAUGAUAGAAUGGGAUGCGCUCAAUUUCACCUUCUACUCCAUAGCCACGACCGUCCUCCGCUUGAAUCCCUCCUCCCUGCAUGAUCGUGGUAAACGUGAGCAAUGUCUGCAGUAUGCCCGGCAGGCGCUCUGGUCCAUGCAAGCAUGCCAAAAGCAUCUCGAUACAAUUACCCAUAUUGCCACUGACUUCCUCUUCUGGACUGCGCUGCUGUAUCCCCUCACCCCAUUCUUCGUUGUAUUUUGCAACGUAGUCGCAACGUCGAAUGUUCACGACCUGCGACUCCUUAAUGAAGUAACCGCGACAAUAUCCAAAGUGAAGGAACAAUGUGCCUUCGGAAUGAAUCUCUACAUCAUGCUCUCGGAACUGAUUGCAAUGUGCACGCAACUCCAUGAUGUGCUGCCUGCAGCACCACAACAACUCCACGGUGAUCCUUUGGCCCAAGAACCUCCUAUUCGCACAGAUCAGACAGUAGACCCAGCCAGCCAUGCGGAUAGUUUGAUAUCGGAUGGUGCACCGGUAACCUCUAGCUCCCAAUACAUAUCACCAAUAUCAGCCCUCGACCAAUCCACCACAACCACAACCACAACCAACGCCAUUCCAGGCCAACAGCCGUUCCCAUCUACCGCAGCUGAGGCGGAAUCAGGACAUGCGUCCAUCUGGGAAGAGGGUCUUAUGUCGGAACUCUUUAACAUCCAGCCGUCGGUCCAGUGGUUUGAUUCGGACUAUUAUAAUUUCUUCGGCAUUCAGCAGACCUGA